AUGUUGGCCGCACGCUUCCGGUUCGCAGGCCAAUUGCGCAGGUCGGUGGUGACUAGGGCUGUUUCUACAUUAUCCAACAAUCCCGAUAUUAAAGUCUUCCCCAACCCGGUGUCCCCCUCGGCAUCCUACCUGCUCACCUACCUGUCGGCGGAGCCGCCCAACCCGGGCCUGGCCAUCGGCACGACGACGGAGCUCCCGCCCACGCCGCGGUCCUUCAGCGAGAACCCGCGCUUCCUGCGCAUCCUGAACGAGGUCCUCGCCCAGCACGCCCACCUCGACGACGACCUCCGCGCCGCCGCCAAGGCGUUCGCUAGCCCCGGGGGCAUGAACCUCGGGGGCGGCAUGAUGAGGGGCCAGGGCAAGCGGAAGGGCGGCUCGGAUGGCGCCGGUGGCGCGAGCGAUCAGGGUGGUGCUGGGGGUGGAGGGGCUGGGGGGUGGGUGCAUCUUAGCGAUAGGAGAAACCCGCCAGACUUUGGAAGGAUAGCAUGGCCCGAGGAUAUCUUCGGCAGUGUCCAGGUCGACAACCAGGGCAACGUCGAGGGGAAUUUCCAGACCAGCGGAACGUACCGGAUAGUGACGAACGAGGGAAUACUGGGACUGAGCCCAUACUUGACCGAGAAGGUCAUUGCACGGUUGAAGGAUGAAGACAAGCAGGAGCGAAUAUCAUGA